UUAUCCAUAAUUUUCCGAAUGCUUAUCAAAAGUAUUGCAUUGCUGCUGUUGUUCCACAGAGCUGUGCUAGCUGUAAGCACAGCUUGUCCCCUGGAGCAGUCCUGCGGCAAGGCAAACGACAGCAGCGCCAUCUGCCGUCUGGAUGAGCAGACUAUGUGCAUACGAAAAUACGCAUCGAAAUGCCAUAUGGAUAUUGCAGCUUGUCGCGAGGGCGCGAACUACACCGACUUCAGUGACGUUUACUGCCAGAUGGAGACUUAUAUGUGUGAAGAGACGGCGACAUAUGAACGCUGGACCAUAUUCUUCGGGCACGCCAAAGAUUGAUACCA